AUGGCAUCUUUAUUAUUUAGUAGAUCAUUGGUUUCCAGAUCAUCUACAUCAGCUUCAGCAAAUGUUGGUAGUGUAACUAAUUUCAUGGCUGUUGGUGGUGGUAGCAAGUUGCCAACCAACUACCUGUUCUCAAAUGGAAUCAGAUCGGGUAUGGUCAAUUCGAUUCGUCCAUAUUCUACCAACGACAUUCAAAAGAUGAGAAACAUCGGUAUCUCUGCACACAUCGAUUCCGGAAAGACAACGCUGACAGAGCGUAUUCUCUACUAUACCGGUCGUAUCAAGGAGAUGCACGACGUUCGUGGUAAGGACGGUGUCGGUGCAAAGAUGGACUCUAUGGAUUUGGAGCGUGAGAAGGGUAUUACCAUUCAAUCGGCCGCCACCUACGCCAAGUGGGGAGACCAACACAUCAAUAUCAUCGAUACUCCGGGUCACGUCGAUUUCACCAUCGAAGUAGAGCGUGCCCUUCGUGUUUUGGACGGUGCUGUCUUGGUUAUGUGUGGUGUCUCUGGUGUCCAAUCUCAGACUAUCACUGUCGAUCGUCAGAUGCGUCGUUACAACGUUCCACGUGUCACUUUUAUCAACAAGUUGGAUCGUGUCGGUGCCGACCCAUGGAAGGUUAUCGACCAACUGCGUUCCAAGUUGAGUUUGAAUGCCGCUGCCGUUCAGAUCCCAAUUGGUGGAGAGAUUAACUUGGAGGGUGUCUGCGAUCUUUUGACCGAGAAAGCUUAUAUCUUUGGAGAGAAGGGUUCCAAGGUACAAGAGACUGAAGUUCCAUCUUCGCUCGUAGAGUUGUUGCGUGAAAAGAAGAUCGAGUUGAUCGAACGUGUUGCCAACGUCGAUGACAAACUUGGUGAAUGGAUCAUUGAAAAUGACUUCCCAGCCAACAUGCCAGAUGAACAAACUCUUGGUGAUGCUAUUCGUCGUUGCACUGUCAAUCGUACAUUCGUUCCAGUUUUCAUGGGUUCUGCUUUCAAGAACAUUGGUGUACAGAAAUUGUUGGACGGUGUCGUUAGAUUCCUUCCAAAUCCAUCCGAAAAGAAAUCGAUUGCACUAGAUUUGACAAAUAAUGAAGCUGAAGUUGAAUUAUCUGCUGAUCCAAAGAAACCAUUCGUAGGUUUGGCAUUUAAAUUGGAAGAAGGUAGAUUUGGUCAAUUAACAUAUAUGAGAGUAUAUCAAGGUACUUUGAAGAGAGGUGAUAUGAUUAAGAAUGUCAAUUUAAAUAAGGUUAUCAAGGUACCAAGAUUGGUUAGAAUGCAUGCCAAUGAAAUGGAGGAAGUUCAAGAGGUUGGUGCAGGAGAAAUUUGUGCCAUGUUUGGUGUCGAUUGUUACUCUGGAAAUACAUUCACUCAACAACAACUCAACUAUACAAUGACAUCGAUGCACGUUCCAGAACCAGUCAUGUCACUCUCCAUCGCACCAAAGGGUAAGGAUGGACAAACCAAUUUCACAAAGGCACUCAACAAGUUCCAAAAGGAAGAUCCAACCUUCCGUGUACAGACCGACCAGGAAUCAGGACAAAUCGUCAUCUCUGGUAUGGGUGAGUUGCAUUUGGACAUCUAUGUUGAGCGUAUGCGUCGUGAGUACAAUGUAGAGACAGUCGUCGGUAAGCCAUUGGUAGCUUAUCGUGAGACCAUCCAAAGUCGUGGAGAUUACAACUACACUCACAAGAAGCAAUCUGGUGGUCAAGGUCAAUACGCCAAGAUGAUCGGUUACAUUGAACCAACCGGUCCAGAAGGUCCCGAUUUAGAGUUUGUCAACGACGUCAUCGGUACUGCCAUUACACCAAACUUUAUUGAAGCAAUUAAGAAAGGUUUCAAUGAGGCAGUUCACAACGGUCCAUUGAUUGGACAUCCAAUUAGUGGUGUUCGUUUCGUAGUGAACGACGGUGCCACUCACAGUGUAGAUUCCAGUGAGUUGGCUUUCAGAAUUUGUGCGGUCAAUGCAUUCAAGGAGGGAUUCAAGGUUGCCGAUCCAAUGAUUCUCGAACCAAUUAUGAAGGUUGAGAUUUUGACACCAAUCGAAUUCCAAGGUACUGUUAUCGGUGGUAUCAAUCGUCGUAAGGGUGCCAUCUUCAACACCGGAGCACAAGGUGAGAACAUCACAAUCGAGUGUGAAGUUCCAUUGAACAAUAUGUUUGGUUAUUCCACCGAGUUGAGAUCCUCCACUCAAGGAAAGGGUGAAUUCACAAUGGAAUACUCCAAGCACAGUCCAGUCACAAGAGAACAAUUCGAUCAAUUAAUUGAAGAAUAUCAAAAGAAGAGAGCUGAAGAAAAGAAAUAA